UAAAGCAGAUAAGAGGGAUAGAGAUUUAGGCAUCUCUCUGCAAUGGAGUCAACACUGAACGCGAGCACAUCGACCACAUUGGCUCUACUCACCGUCACCAAAGCCCUGAACCGGCGGCUCUGCAAGAUCUUUCCUACUCAACCCCUCGCGACUCGAUUGAUAGCUCGCCGGCUCACUUGCAACUACGCCGGCUUCCAUGGGCAGCGGCAGAGCCCUCCUCUCUCUUCAUCCACCCUGAGGAGGAGCCUCUGCCUCGUCGAUCCUCCCACACGGCGUCGUUUACACUGCGUUGCGACCAACCAAGCGUCGUUUGCUUCCGGCGGUGGAAAUGGCGGCUUUGGCGGAGAGAGUGGUGGCAGCGGCGGCGAUGGUGGUGGUGGUUCCGACGGUGGCGAUGCCAAGUCGAAUGUCGUUGCUUCUGGCUGCGAUGAGGCCUCGGCCAUCUCGACUGACGUCAUAAUGCUCGAUGUUGGAGGAAUGACAUGCGGAGGAUGUGCAGCAAGUGUGAAGCGAAUUCUAGAAAGCCAACCACAGGUGUCAUCUGCUAGUGUAAAUCUUACGACUGAGGUGGCAAUUGUCUGGCCUGUGUCUGAAGCCAAGCUUACACCAAACUGGCAACAGCAGUUGGGAGAGACACUUGCAAAGCAUUUGACUAAUUGUGGUUUCAAUUCUAACAUCCGUGAUUCAGGAAGAAACAGUUUUCUUAAAAUUUUCAAAGGGAAAAUGGAAGAUAAGCACAAACGCCUGAAAGAAAGUGGUCAUGAGCUUGCUUUCUCUUGGGCUCUUUGUGCUGUCUGCCUAGUUGGUCAUCUUUCUCAUUUCUUUGGACCUAUGGCUUCGUGGAUCCAUGCUUUUCAUUCAACAGGAUUCCAUAUGUCUUUAUCUUUAUUCACAUUGGUUGGUCCUGGGCGUCAGCUUAUCCUUGAUGGUUUGAAGAGUCUUGUUAAAGGGGCUCCAAACAUGAACACUUUAGUUGGUCUUGGCGCUUUAUCUUCAUUUGCAGUCAGUUCAUUAGCUGCCCUUAUACCAAAACUGGGUUGGAAGACUUUCUUUGAAGAACCAAUUAUGUUGAUAGCAUUCGUACUGCUGGGGAGGAAUCUUGAACAAAGAGCUAAAAUCAGAGCAAGCAGUGAUAUGACUGAGCUUCUUAGUAUUUUACCGGCAAAAGCUCGUCUUCUUGUCAAUGAUGGUGUUAAAGAGUCGGAAACAAUAGUGGAAGUUCCAUCUAACAGCCUCUGUGUAGGAGAUCAAGUUGUUGUACUACCUGGAGACCGUGUUCCAGUAGAUGGAAUUGUUAAAGCUGGCAGAAGUACCAUUGAUGAGUCAAGUUUUACUGGAGAGCCAUUGCCUGUGACCAAACUACCUGGGAGUCAAGUUCAAGCUGGAAGCAUAAAUCUCAAUGGAAGUCUUACGAUUGUAGUGCAGAGACCAGGUGGUGAGACUGCUAUGGCAGACAUUGUUCGUCUAGUAGAAGAAGCACAGAGUCAGGAGGCUCCAGUCCAGCGGCUGGCUGAUAAGGUAUCUGGGCAUUUUACAUAUGGUGUAAUGGGACUCUCUGCGGCUACAUUUUUGUUCUGGAGUUUGGUUGGUGGAAAUAUUUUACCUGGUGUUCUUCAAGGAGGAAAUUCAGUUUCUUUAGCUUUGCAACUCUCUUGCAGUGUUCUGGUUGUUGCUUGUCCGUGUGCCCUUGGGCUGGCUACACCUACAGCUGUACUGGUAGGAACUUCCUUAGGAGCUAAAAGAAGACUGCUUUUGCGUGGUGGAAAUGUUUUAGAGAAGUUUUCGAUGGUGAACACUGUAGUAUUUGAUAAAACAGGGACUCUGACAAUGGGCAAGCCAGUUGUGACAAAGAUUUUGACUCCCGAGCAUGCAGAACUUACUGACUUAGAAGAAAAGUCAAAGCACACUUGGUCAGACCUUGAGGUUCUGAAGUUUGCUGCUGGAGUAGAGUCGAAUACAAUUCAUCCUGUUGGGAAAGCUAUUGUGGAAGCCGCUCGGGCUGUUAAUUGUCAGGAUAUAAAGGUUGCAGAUGGAACAUUCAUAGAAGAACCUGGCUCAGGUGCUGUAGCAAUUGUUGAAGAUAAACAGGUUUCUGUUGGGACUUUGGAUUGGGUCCGACGGCAUGGAGUCAACAAGAAUCCAUUUGAAGAAGUUGAGGCCCAUAAAAGUCAAUCUGUUGUGUAUGUUGCCAUUGAUAGUACUCUUGCGGGUCUUAUUUAUUUUGAGGAUCGGAUAAGGGAUGAUGCCGGACAAGUUGUUAAAUCCUUAUCUAGCCAAGGGAUUAAUGUAUACAUGCUAUCUGGGGACAAAAGAGAAAAUGCAGAGUACGUUGCAUCUGUAGUUGGUAUUCCAAAAGAGAAGGUAAUAUCUGGUGUUAAACCAAGGGAAAAGAAGAAGUUCAUAACUGAGCUUCAGAAUGAUCAGAAUAUUGUUGCCAUGGUUGGUGAUGGAAUCAAUGAUGCUGCCGCCUUAGCUUCAUCACAUGUUGGGAUUGCCAUGGGUGGUGGUGUUGGAGCUGCUAGUGAGGUCUCCUCUAUUGUUCUAUUGGGCAAUAGACUUUCACAGUUGGUUGAUGCUUUGGAGUUGAGCAGGCUAACCAUGAAAACUGUGAAGCAAAAUCUUUGGUGGGCUUUCGCAUACAACAUUAUUGGACUUCCAAUUGCUGCUGGAGUAUUACUGCCUGUAACUGGGACCAUACUGACUCCGUCAAUUGCUGGAGCUCUCAUGGGCUUGAGUUCUGUAGGGGUCAUGGCAAAUUCGUUGUUCCUGAGAUACAAGUUUUCAUUAGAACAGGAACGAAGAUAUAAAAGAUCAGCAGGCACUAAAACUAACAGAGUUUCCAAUAUUAUGAUGGACAAGAGCGUGGGGGGAAAGCAUCCCAAUUCUGAUGGGAGAUGGAAAGGAGCAUGAUUUUACCAAUACAAAGUCAAACAUCUCUUUUUCUGACUAUAGAUGGAGGAACUGAUAAGUUACAAACAGAAACCAACAAAAUCACUGGAGUCUGCAGAAUAGGAUCUAGUGUCAAAUAUGCAAUCU